AUGUACGUCUUCCCGGAGCGCGGCGCCGAGGGUCGGAAUCCGCACGGUGAAGGACCCCCAGAGGAGGGCGGAGAUGGAGUUGACCUCCGGGCGACAGGACGCGAGGGUGGAGGUCACCGGUUCUUGACGGCGCAGAGUUUCGACACAAGGUUGGAGACUUGGGCUGAUCCCACUCCUAGGGAAUCGGAAUUUACUGUGCAUAAUCUUCGUGAGGCUUGUAUUAAGGCUUGCAGGCGCGGUACCAUCCUUCAGGCUGCUAGGUCAUUAGUUAGGCCUAGUGAGGAGCAGCUUAGGCAGAGAGAAGAGCAGGAUCGCAAGUUCGCGAUGAUAGCACUGGGAGUCUAUACCAAGAAAUACAACAUGCAGCCUAGUGAACUUGAGUUUCUGGAAGUGAAAGAAAGAAACCUUAUUGAUGAAAGCGGGGCAGGAUAUUUGCAUUAUAACUUCUCAGUGAAAGAAUUAGAUGGUAAACAUACAAUGUUUUUUGCUGAGGUGCAUCAUGAUCUGGAAGAUGAGGAUGAAGUCUAUCUUUGCAUGCCUUUGGAAGAGGAUGACUUCAAUCCAUCAAAAGAGAAUGACCAAGCUCUCUGUAAAGCGUGUCAACAUGAGGCAAAAGGUCUUAUACAUCCCAGUUGUGGUACCUUUCUAGGUGGGCACAAAAGAAUAUGUCCGAGAGUGCAGUGGGACAGCAUUGAUGACGAGACUGAUUACGAAUUCGUUUAGUGGGAAGUUUCUAUUAGUCAGUUGUCUUAAGAGAGGAGUGGUAUUAAUUCACAUGGCAUGUAAGGAAGA